AUGAUUACUGAUUAUGUGGAAGCGGUAUCCACGGAUACGAAUUCAUAUUUGGGUCGAGGAAUACAAAUAGUUGUUGGUCACUACAAUGGAAAUCUUGCCAGAGACAAACUUUCCAAUUUAACUGCUGGCAAGUUUCUAUUAAAUUUCGAACAACUGAAUGCAAAUAAUUAUGCACCAAUUACUGGUGCUGGAGAAGAUGGACGACCGGUUAAGCUAAGUGAAGCGGAUGAGCGCCUUUCUGAUGACACUUUUGCCAUUAAUCAGUUCAACUUGGUAGUGAGUGAUCGAAUAGCUCUAAAUCGAUCCUUGCCAGACAUUCGUAAGCAUCAGUGCCGGGCCAAAACCUAUUUACCUUCUUCGGAAUUACCUACCACCAGUGUUAUCAUCGUUUAUCACAAUGAAGCCUUCUCGACAUUAAUGCGUACCGUGAUGUCUGUUAUUCUAAGGUCACCACAUGAAAAUUUGAAGGAAAUUAUUUUGGUGGAUGAUUUCAGCACAAGAACAUUUUUGAAAGCUGAAUUGGACAACUUUGUUGCUCAAUUGGGUACGCAUAUCAAAGUGAUCCGGGCGAACGAACGCGUCGGUUUGAUACGAGCCCGUUUGAUUGGCGCUACGGAAGCAAAAGGAGAUGUGUUGACUUUCCUGGAUUCUCACUGCGAAUGUACCAAAGGAUGGAUGGAACCACUAUUGGCACGGAUUAAAGAAAACAGAAAAGCAGUAGUUUGUCCUGUGAUUGAUGUUAUCAACGAGCGAACAUUCGCAUAUCAAAAGGGUAUCGAGCUAUUUCGCGGUGGUUUCAAUUGGAAUCUUCAAUUCCGGUGGUAUGCUCUACCACCGGAAAUGAUAAAAUCACGGAGUAAUGAUCCUACAAAACCGAUCAUUUCUCCAACAAUGGCUGGUGGAUUGUUUAGCAUCGAUCGGAAAUAUUUCGAAGAAAUUGGUACUUAUGAUCACGAAAUGAACAUAUGGGGUGGCGAGAAUAUUGAGAUAUCUCUAAGAGUUUGGCAAUGUGGCGGACGAAUCGAGAUUCUCCCAUGUUCCCAUGUGGGUCAUGUCUUUCGUCGGGCUUCUCCUCAUGAUUUUCCAAGUCACAAAUCAGGAACCAUUCUGAACAGUAAUUUGUUGCGAGUGGCGGAAGUUUGGAUGGAUGAAUGGAAGUUUCACUUCUACAGAACUGCACCUCAAGUUUAUAAAAUGCGUGAAACAGUUGACGUAAGUGACCGUGUGGAACUUCGAAAACGUUUGCACUGUAAAAGUUUCAAGUGGUUUCUGGAUAAUGUGUGGAAAGAUCAUUUUUUGCCGCAACCGGGAAGUGCUUUUGGAAGGGUAAUUCAUUCAAGAUCGCAGAUUGGUGGUCUAAAUGGGUGCCUACACUGGACAGUACCAUUGGGUGAGAGUAUGAGAGUAGCGACGAUGCAUAAUUGUUCUGCACCUGAAAGUUUCGAUCGUACUGAGCUUUGGCUGUUUACCAAGGAAGGGCAAAUGAAAACGGACGAGCAUCUGUGCCUUAGUGCAUAUCAACCAGUACAGGGUCCACGAAACUGGAAAGUGCAAUUGAAGGAAUGUGGCCAGUAUGAAUCAGAAUACUGGGACUAUAAUUUUCACAGGAAAUCAUUCUACCACCGCAAAAGCGGAUUAUGUCUAGAUCAGCCAUUCGAAGAUCCUAAUGAUUAUCAUGCGUUACAUAUUUUGAAACCCACAUUAAAUAGAUGUACACGUGGUGGAUUGAAUCAGGUGAAUUUAUUCCAUUUCGAAAAUUUUCGAAACCGUUCAAAAAUAUUAGUAUUACAUUAA